ACUACCCUUCCCGCGGUGCUCCGCGCGCCAUGGAGGAGCGCGUGGCGGAGCGGCUUCGCGGCGCGCUGGGCCCGCUCGGCUUUGAGGUGCACGCCUUCAAGGUUGGAUGGUACAAUGCAGUUCUCCAGCCAGCCUUCCAUCUCUCCUACCCGGAUGACACGCUGGCCUUUGUUGUCCUCAGCACGCCCUCAAUGUUCAACAAAGCCCUUAAGCCUUUUGUGAAUAAAGAACGGUUAAAAAUAAUCAGAGACCCUGUGGAUCAGUGUGUGUCUCAUCAUUUAUCAAGUGUGAAGGAGAUAUUCCCUGACCAGAAAGUGGAUGUCAUUUUUGAUUACGAGAUACUGCCAAGCCGAAGGCCCAAGUUCUUGGCACAAACAGCUGCUCAUGUUGCUGGAGCUGCAUAUUACUACCAGAGGAAGGAUGUGAAGUUUGAUCCCUGGGGGAAGAAGAAGAUCUUUGGCGUAUGUAUCCAUCCCAGGUAUGGUGGUUGGUUUGCUAUCCGGGGUCUCCUGCUGUUCCCAGAUGUUCAGGUACCAUUCCUGGCACAGUCUGCUCCAGUUGACUGUGUGAGCACGGAGCAGAAAAGAACAGAGCUGCUGGAGUUGUUCAAUUUCCACUGGCAGGACGGUCGCUACAGGGAUAUCAUUGAAGUGAAGGAAAGGUACUCUGAGGAGCAGAAAACCUACUUUUCCACUCCUCCAGCAGAAAGAUUCAGGCUGCUGGGGCUGACACAUUUCACAGAGUAAUGUGGUUCUAUGAAGGUGCUGGGCACAGGUGAAGUGGAACUCACCAGCACCUCUUCCAUGCUGCUGAGGAGGAAGAUGUGCUGAUAGGGACUGAAAAUCCAAGCGUUGUGUACAGCAUCUCAAUCCAAACUUCAGCUUGUCAGAUAUAGAAGGAACACUGCAUCAUGGCACUUACGGUCUGGGGGAAGGUGGAAGCAGUCAGUUCCCUUGCUGAUGCUGAUCUUUGGGAAUCCCAUUAAGAUACCCAUUUAUCUGCCUGGGCAAAGUUGAGACACCCUGGCAAUGGGAAAACUUGUGCUGCUUUUUGCAAAAGUUAUGUUUUUCCCUCAAGAAUGUCUUCUCCCAGUGUUUUUGUUUUAUGUAAGAGUUAAAAAGUUAUUUAUUGCUAUUGCAUUCUGAAAUAAUUUUUGUUCGAACUCAAGGCCGAUACUUUUCAGACGUAUCCAGCAUUUCAUUGCCCUGUGUUGUAGCUCUCUCUAGGGAAUGGAUGUUUUCAGUCCUCAGAAGAACAUUUUUCUGCAUUCCCUCACUUCUCAUGAAGCUGGCUUAUUUUAAACAAGAAAUCUUGUAACAUCUCCAUUCCUUAACCCCUAAAAGGAAAUUCUCCAGAGACUGUUUCAUUAGUUUGCCUGGUCCUGUGCAGGAAAUGGGAGCGAGCAAAAGACAGCAAACAGCAGCAGCCUCCUUCUUCAGGGUAGUUGUGGAAGGCAAAGGGACAGAGUGAAGGUCACAGCUCAAGUCUGAUACAUUUCCUAUUCACUCACGGUCAGCUUCUGCUAAAAUCUUGGGGAAGAUGCUGCAUAAUGCCUGGCUUUUACACUAAGAUAAAUAACAAAAAAGUCAAUUCUUGUUACCUUUUUCAAAGGUGGAUGAGAAUUUAAAGUACUUUCCCGUGCCGUGUCAGUAAUACCACAGCUGUAAUACUGUAGCUUCCUGGUGUAAUUUCUAGAUGAAGGAGAUCAUGAAGUUGCAUGCAUGUAAAAACCAUUACAUGAAGUGUUGUUGCAGUUAGACACAAGCAGAGAAAAAAAAACAGGGAAAAAUUCAGCCAAAAUGCCCCUCACAUUGCUGGUUAAUACAUUUCCAGAGAAACUUUUGUGUGUUUUGUUUUUGUUUUUAAGAUUACUGUUGUGUUAGAUUUGUUCGUAGGUCACAGUGGCAGGGGAAUGAAGAAUUAAUUUACCUUAGAGAAGUUACGCCUCGUUACAGUGACAGUACGUUACAAGAAUGGACGCUGUUGAUGCUGAACGAUGGAGGUUCUGUUACUUUACUGCAGCGCAGUGCUGCAGAGCGCUGAGCACUUUUCCUCCUUUGGUACCAACAUGGCCAUGCAGAACUGAGCCCUUCCGUUUGUCUUGUGGCUCUCCUUCCCUCUUGGAGACCCAGGCACUAAAGCUGCCCUCACAGUAAAUCAACGCUUGGUGGACUUUUUUGUAGUCUGAUAGUGAAUCAGCAAAAUCCAAACUCAGCAUAACUAGCCUGUUAUUCCUGUAAACAGAGCAGCAAGCCUGUGAUCACUGACUUUGUUCAGUGUUUGCUGUUACAGAAACAUGCUGUUUACUUUCAUGCCUUGUUCAGCACACAGCUGACAACAAUAAUCGUUUUUAAGCUAAACAAAAUAAUUAAAUUCAAUUGUUUAAAUUCUGCUUGUUACAGAUUUACUUCUGGUUGAAAUGUUGGUUAACCUUCCUGAGGCUCCCAAGUCAACUGGAAUUUAACAGGGACUUGAGCUGAUGGUUCAUAGUAGUCAUGUACAUAAAAUAUUGACUCUCUUAGAAGGACAAACAGUGAUGUUCCUAGAAGGAUAAACAGUGAUUCUCUGAGAAGGAUAUAUAGAGAAUGGAACUCGAUUUAUAGUUUUACAUAAUGGUUUAAGAUUAAAAAAAUGGUUUUGGUUGAUUUCUUACAAAUAUUAAAUAUUUUGUCUUAUUUCACUCACUAAAGAGAUUAUUGUAGCAAUUUCUUUGUAAGUUUUUGUAAUUUAUUUCCCAUACGUGGUAUUUUGGUUAAUAAAAUGUACAAAGGUGCAAUAA